CAUGUAUCAGAGUUAUUAGCAGUGGUGCGUCUUCCGUUCAUCCACCCGUCCUACCUGCUGAACGUUGUGGACAACGAGGAGUUAAUAAAGACGUCGGAGGCGUGUCGAGACCUGGUCAACGAGGCCAAGAGAUAUCACAUGUUACCUCACGCCAGACAGGAGAUGCAAACUCCUAGGACACGACCACGGCUAUCUGCAGGUAGGUGUACACCAGGGAUUGGCAACUGACGGGCCGCAUGCGGCUCGGGGCCCCUCUUUUGAAGGCCCCUCGGAUCAAUAAUUAUCAAAUAAAUUAUAUUAUAUCUUUCUUAAUUUUUUGAGGGGGGGGGGCUCAGUUGGGGUCUCAACGUACUGUUGCAAGUUAGAAUAGUAGAAUACACAAGGUGCAAUUUCGAAAUUUGGUUGUGUAUCAGCAGUUUUAUCUUAUGUCUGUCACUGAUUAGUCACUCAAUUAGCCCAUGUCAGCAAAAAACAAAAAAUCGAUUGGUAAAUUAGCCUCGCAGUUAGCUAUCUAAACUUAGUAAUCAUGGUCGAAUUACCAGCCGAGGGGCCCCCAUUGAUUUUGUUAGUUUCACUUAGAUAUCAUAUUAAAAACUUUCAACAUUUCUCUCCACCCUAUGGCAAAAUGAGUAGAAUUGCAUGAAAUGAGUUAUAAAAUUGCUAAAUAUUCUCCCCGCCCCAUGGCAAAAUGUGUAGAAUUGCAGCAAACUUGCUUUAAAACUGAAACUCUCUUUUUCUCUCUCUCUCGGAUGCAUGAGCCUUAGGCUAUAGCCUAAACCUAUUCAUUUUUUUUGUAACAGACACUCCUUCACUAUCUUGUGUCUAGCUGAUUAAAAAAACGUAGCCUGUAUUACCUUCUCUCGCUCCAUUUGAUAGGCUAUGAAUAUGACUUUGGGCUAUAGGCUACGCUUUCAUCAUUUUAUGCAUGGCUUUCUCCGGAUCAAACAAUGAAUGUAACGGAGUUCCAUCUCAAAAAUUUAUUUGAAUAGCCUAAAAACUUAACGUAGCCAGGGGACUAAUAAUGAGAGAGAACAUUCAAUAGCCUAUAGAAACAUUUAACGACAAGUUCAAUCAAAGCUUAUUUAGAAAGAAAUUAUCCAUACAGGCCGGGAAAAUCCCUCCAUGCGAGGUUGAAAUUAAACCAAAUGGUCAAUAACCUAUCAUAAAAGCCUAUCAUAAAAUCUUUAAGACAAGUUAAAGUUAUGAACAGUAGCUUUUUCCCCAAAUAAUCUAGCCUAAGAAGGUGUUCUCCUAUAGUUGCUGCUUUCAAUAAUAACAAGAAUGAAAGUCUAUAGCCUAAGCCUAGGUUAUUCUCAAUCACAGCUUUAUGAGAGAUAGAACAAACAAUAGUAUUUAUUUACUAUGUUAUGAGACAAAUAAAGCUAUUAUUAUCCCGUUCUGAAAACGGGGGACAGUCAGUUUCUAUCCAGCCCAUUAAGUAUAGCCUAACUCUCUAGGGUAAGACUGUUCGUCAUCAGACAUUCGCCACACAGACACACACACACACACACACACCUGUUCCAUACUGAAGAUACUCUAUCAGAAAGGAAAAUUAGAAAAGAUUUGCCUCCACUUAGCCUCUGCCCAGGCUUUCAACAACAUUAUCUUUUGUCAUGAUUCGUCCGGUUGUAGCAUUCCAUUUUGUGCUAUAGCCCAAUGGUCGUUUUAGGUGAGUUUUUAUUUAUUUUUGGUUGGCCAAUAGGGGGCGAUACCAUCGUAUAUUACAAUGUUUUAUGGGUACAUCAUCUAGAUAGGACAAAGGUUGACAUCGCCUAACCCUAACACACACACACAGUCACACACACACAUGGGCUGUCACAUGCAUGCCAGGAUAUAGCUCAGUUGGUAGAGCAUGGCUUUUGCAACGCCAGGGUUGUGGGUUCGAUUCCCACGGGGGGCCAGUAUGAAAAACUUAAAAUAAAAUGUAUGCACUCACUAACUGUAAGUCGCUCUGGAUAAGAGCGUCUGCUAAAUGACUAAAAUGUAAAUAUGCAAUGUAGAAGGCACAAUGAAGCAAUGACUGAAAUUCAUAUUUGGAGCAGGAGAAGAAAGAAAUAACAAAAGUAUGCCAUUUACAUCCGAUGAAAUACUUUGGAUCGCAUUAACAAACAAUAUUGGUGUCCAAAACCAUCAGUAGUUUUCCAGUAAUGUCAAAAUGAAACAAAAUAAGAGUUUGGGUUGUGUGUGAGCCCUGUUACUAUGAAAGCUUUGGAUGGCCAACCAUAACAGUGUCCCUGGGAUGUCUGUGCUGAGGAACUCGGGGUGCUUUUACAGUAGGCCCAAUACAUAAACAUCUCCUAGUACCUCCUAAACACCAGCUGCUUUCAGCACAGAACAGUCCAGGCAUUUACAGUAUCUUAUUCCUAUUAUUAUUCUAUAACAAGAAGUUAACUUCCAACCAGCCAUUCACUCUCCAACCAUUCAGGCUGUCCCAUUCAGUUUGUUUACAUCAUUAAAGCAGAUAUUUAUGGGAAUAAGUAGCCCUGGACAGACAAAGUGCUUUUGUUCGUUAGAUUUUCCUGCCACUCGGCCAAGUCUUUUUUCUGGUCCCCCCUCAAUAAAGAGCUGUCUAAUUAGUGUGUGUGUGUGUGUGUGCACGAAACUUAUUAGCGCCUAGCACGAACAUAACACAUUUUCUGCUUGGUAGAAUGAAGGUAAUUGCUAAACAAAUGUCACUUUAUGGUGUGGACAGUUUAUGAACCUGCCUUUUCUGUUCUGCUCAAGGUGCACGCACACACAAUCUCUCUCUCUCUCAUUGGUAAACAAUCAGAGUAAAUGGUGGUAGUUUAAUGGUUUGUGUGUUUAAUUGUUUAAAUUGCAGAGUGGGGUAGUGGUUUUAGUUUUAUGGAAGGGGGGAAGACUCUCGAAAAGACGUUCCAAAAACAAUACUUGUGUAUAAUUCAUUAUGAUAACAAGGUUCUCUCUCUCUCUCAAUUCAAUUCAAUUUAAGGGUUUUAUUCUCUCUCGCUCUCUCUCUCUCUCAUCUGAGGUCAAACAUCUCUCUAUUCAGGGUUCUAGCCAGGCUUGGUCCCUGGUUAGUGUGUGACUGAUUGAGUGUGGUGUUAGCCUGGCCAUCUGGUCCUCUGGCUGACUUGGCUCUGAGAUGCACAGCGGGGCUGAGUCAGAGGGACAUGGAGGCUGCUCCUAAAGAAAGUUCAGUUAAUCCUAAUGGUGACCAGCAGUGACCUGUGUCAGGAGGAGGGAGAGAGGGAGGAUGAGAUAGUGGAUGGGGGAGAGAGAAGGAGGGAGAGAAAGAGAAGUUGAGGGUGGACGAGAGAGAAAUAGACAGAAUAGUAGGAAUUGAGGGAAUGCAGUGUGUGUGUGUGUGUGUGUGAGCCUGAAAGAUGGGGCACCACCUGAGCUUGGAAGAUAAGUCUCUCAAGCGUUGAAAAAAAAAGGUGUGUGUGUCCGUAGACCUAUCUCCCUGCCAGCGAUCUCUGGUGUCACAGCAGGAGACACAGUUCACCAGAACAACAUACUCCCCUACUCUACCUCAUCCUUCUCCUUCAUAUCCUCUUCCUCUACUCCCCCUGUUACUUCUCCUCCUCUACCUCUUCAACCACUUUUUGAUCAUCCUCUUCCAUCUCCUCCUCUCUCUCCUCCUCCCGUUGCUCUCUUGUCCACAUCAGGACACAUCAGUAUCCUAUCCCGGUGAAGAUUUCUCACCACCUGCUACAGACAACAAGAUUUCACGGUCUGACUUGAGUAUUCAAAAGUUGUCCGGGAGUGGGGGUUAAGUUUACGCAUUAAUUCGGACUAGUUAAAGCCACACUCAGUAAGUCCAAGUUCAAAAUCAGCUACGUCAGUUGGUUUCUUCAUUCAUUUGUUUUGUCGGGCCGGCAGUUGUACUUUUUUGUAAACAAUCCCAUGCAAGACACCAUAGCGUGCUAGGCUGUCUGAGAGUUCUCAAACUGACACUGGGCCAGCCACCCUUUGAUCCAUUUCAGCCAGUAUUCUAGUUUAAACAAGCAUGUAGGCUCCUGUAUUAUAAAAAAGAACCAUUUUCAAGUUGUGUCAGCUAUGAACGUUACAGUAGUGAAAUGUAAUUGUAAUUGACAUAGCUAGACAACAAUACUGAGGUGCAACAAUAGCGCCAAUAUCUGCAGUGCGAAAACUGGCUAACUAGUUUUACUUACCAGUAGACAGCUAGCUGGCUUUCGUGAUUCAUUGGCAAUGUCCUAGUGGAUGGUAUUGAAGGCAUCUCCCGACGUCCUGGGGAGCUGGACAAAUGUUGAAUACUGAAGUGGAUCUGGUGUGACCUGCCUGGAAUACUUUUAUACUGUACUGUAUACGAAUGCCUAAGCCUCCUAUGUAUCCAUAUGGGAGAGUGUUUAGUACAGUGUUGCGUACAAGACCCUGGUUACACACGCAGCCCAAUUCAGAUCUUUUGCCAAUUAUUUGCAUAUCUGAUGCCUUUCUUUCCCCUAAUGUGUAAACAGCAACAACAACAAAAAAACACAUGUUUCUGAUCUUUUCAGUUCUGAUUUAUACCACCUCCAUAAUGGCUGCGUUUCAACAUGCAGCCCAAUUCUUUUUUUCCACUAAUUAUCCUUUUGACCAAUCACAUCAAGCUGAUCUGAUUGGUCAAAAGCAGCCAGGUCAUCUGUGAUAAAAGUCAGUAUUCGACGUCCAUCCAGGACGUUGGGAGAUGGCGUGGAAACCAGCCACUAGGGGCAACAGUGAGUGCUGUUACCUUGAAGUAGGUUUCGGUUUUGAUGGGGCGUUGUGGACAGGGAGCAUCUGCCUCUGGUGCCAAAGGUUGCAUGUUCGAAUCCAUCAAUAAAAAGUUGUUUUUGAGAUUUUAGUUUUAAGCAUAUCCCAAACCUUAACCCUUAUCAUAACCAUUCGGAGUUAAUACCUAACCUAAAAAUGUCGGGGUUAAUGCCUAAACUUAACCUUAAACACUUUGAAAUUUGACGUUUGGAACAACUUAAACAUGGAUGAACGUCUAAUUCUUAUGUGAGACUGAGAGCUAGUUGGUCAAAAGACCAACUAAUGAAAAAAAUAUCAGAAUUGCUUAUCUAAAUGCAGCCUACUGUAAGUGGAUCUCAAUCCCGACCCUCCAUAUGCAGCCUCUGUCUGGAUACUCAGAUCUGGGUAUUUUUGCUCUGAUAUGUUUUUAUUUUUUUCACAUGACCUGCCCUUACUAUGACAACCACUCCAAAAUGUUAAGGAACACUGACAGGAAAUGAGCAUGGUAUCUGUGUGCUACUUCAGAGGCUACAUCAGUGUGAAUGCACUAAUCUGAUAUUAGUCACAUGUAAAACUGAGUGUGGAUAGUCAGGAAAAAUGAUUUGAUAUAGAAAGAAAAUCAGAUUUGGGUUCUUAGGGUGGCUGUGGAAACACAGCCUAACGCUUUUAACACACUGACUGCAGCAUCAUCUAGAUAUGUGUGCAACAAAAGUUCAACAUUUACCUUCUGCUACCAUUUCUGUCAACCCGUUUACACAUACAGUUUGACGCAUACGUUCGAUAAAUCCAACGUAUGUAUCACACAGAACACACCGCAGCUGCUUCUGCAACGCAUUGCUGCAAGGCAAGCGCAGAGUUCCAUUGGAAAUGAAUGAACUUCUGGUGUACCAAAACGCAAUGAUGCAGUCGGUGUGUUCAAAGCGUUAGACUCAUAAUGAACCAUUCACACAUCACUCCGGUGACUCUCCUAGCUACUAAUUGGCUAAUUAGAGACAGUAUACUGUAUGCAAGUGAUUAUCUGUCAUUAGGUAUUCUGAGGAACUCAGGGAUUACAUUGUGAAUUUGUGAAGUUUACAUCCAGAGAUGUACAGUGCCUUCAGAAAGUAUUCAGACCCCUUGACUUUUUCCAAAUGUACAGCCUUAUUCUAAAAUUGAUUAAAUAAAUAAAAAUCCUCAGCAAUCUACACACAAUACCCCAUAAUGACAAAGCAAAAACGUUUUUUGCUAAUUUAUAUAUAUUUUUUAAACCCGGAAAUAUCACAUUUACAUAAGUAUUCAGACCUUUUACUCAGUAAUUUGUUGAAGCACCUUUGGCAGCGAUUACAACAUUACAGCGAUUACAGCAUCAAGUCUUCUUGGGUAUGACGCUACAAGCUUGGCACACCUGUAUUUGGGGAGUUUUUCCCAUUCUUCUCUGCAGAUCCUCUCAAGCUCUAUCAGGUUGGAUGGGGAGCGUUGCUGCACAGCUAUUUUCAGGUCUCUCCAGAGAUGUUAGAUCGGGUUCAAGUCCGGGCUCUGGCUGGGCCACUCAAGGACCUUCAGAGACUUGUCCCGAAGCCACUCCUGCGUUGUCUUGGCUGUGUGCUUAGGGUCGUUGUCCUGUUGGAAGGUGAACCUUCGCCCCAGUCUGAGGUACUGAGCGCUAUGAAGCAGGUUUUCAUCAAGGAUCUCUCUGUACUUUGCUCCGAUCAUCUUUCCCUCGAUCCUGACUAGUCUCGCAGUCCCUGCUGCUGAAGAACAUCGCCACAGCAUGAUGCUGCCGCCACCAUGCUUCACCGUAGGGAUGAAGUUUCCCCCAUUUACAUUUAAAUUUUCGUCAUUUAGCAGUCGCUCUUAUCCAGAGCGACUUACAAAUUGGAAAAUAUUUACAUUUUAGUCAUUUAGCAGACGCUCUUAUCCAGAGCGACUUACAGUUAGUGAGUACAUACAUUUUCAUACUUUUUCAUACUGGCCCCCCAUGGGAAUCGAACCCACAACCCUGGCGUUGCAAACGCCAUGCUCUACCAACUGAGCUACACGGGACCUCCAGACGUGACGCUUGGCAUUCAGGCCAAAGAGUUCAAUUUUGGUUUCAUCAGACCAGAGAAUCUUGUUUCUCAUGGUCUGAGAGUCUUUGGGUGCCUUUUGGCAAAUUCCAAGCGGGCUGUCAUGUGCCCUUUACUGAGGGGUGGCUUCUGUCUGGCCACUCUACCAUAAAGGUCUGAUUGGUGGAGUGCUGCAGAGAUGGUUGUCCUUCUGUAAGGUUCUCCUAUCUCCACAGAGGAACUCUUGAGCUCUGUCAGAGUGACCAUCGGGUUCUUGGUCACCUCCCUGACCAAGGCCCUUCUCCUCCGAUUGCUCAGUUUGGCCGGGCGGCCAGCUCUAGGAAGAGUCUUGGUGGUUCCAAACUUCUUCCAUUUAAGAAUGAUGGAGGCCACUGUGUUCUUAGGGACCUUCAAUGCUGCAGAAAUAUUUUAGUACCCUUCCCAAAAUCUGUGCCUCGACACAAUCCUGUCUCGGAGCUCUACGGACAAUUCCUUUGACCUCAUGGUUUGCUUUUGCUGUGGGACCUAAUACAGACAGGUGUGUGCCUUUCCAAAUCAAGUCCAAUCAAUUCAAUUUACCACAGGUGGACUCCAAUCAAGUUGUAGAAACAUCUCAUGGAUGAUCAUUGGAAACAGGAUGCACCUUAGCUCCAUUUUGAGUCUCAUAGCAAAGGGUCUGAAUACUUAUGUAAAUAAGGUAUUUUAGGUUUUAUAUUUGUAUAUACAUUUGCAAGAAUUUCUAAAAACCUGUUUUCACUUUGUCAAUAUGGGGUAUUGUGUGUAGAUUGCUGAGGAUUUUUAUUUAUUUAAUCCAUUUUAGAAUAAGGCUGUAAUGUUUCCAAAUGUGGAAAAAGCCAAAGGGUCUGAAUACUUUCUGAAGGCACUGUAUUUAGUCUUAUUUUCUGAUCCCUCUGUCUCCUGCUUGUUAAUAAGGAUCUGUUACUGAGACAAGACGUAAACCACAGUCAGUUUUUUACAUCAAUGAACAGUAGUGCUGAGUGAUUAGUGCUUUUUGAGGUUGGUUCGGUCACGCACACACAAACACAUGUUAAGCCUCUUCCUCACAGCAGCCAUGCUCAGUGCAGCCCCAGAAAGGACAAUCUAGAGCAAGGCCAAACCGUUAACUUAGCUCAGCCAAGUGUACUAGCACUCAGACAAAUGAGCUGUAAUGACUGGGGGACGUUUACUCCCACUCUAUACACACACACACACACACACACACACACAGAGAGAGAGUCACAUUCUACACAUACAGUGCUUGGGCCCAGCUAUAUGCUCACCACACAUUUACUUUAACAUAUACCGGCUAGAGCAGGGGGAAGGUCUGAAAUGAGAUUCUCAUCUCUGUGACCAUUUGCACUUUCUGUACACUAAUAUAACAUUCACGAGCCACAAGCCCAGCAUCUACACAGGAAAUGAUUAAACCACACACAGAUACACACGCACUCACAGCACCUGCAAGAGAGGAGAGCGCACACAAACCGCAUUGGAGCAGGUCUGAACUGGUUAAGCACUGACUUUUAUCAUGGUUUAGACUCAAACGCCUGCAGACCCAGUAGCUGUCCAGGAGGAGGGUAACCUUAAAACAGUAAUAGUCAUUAUGUCAAAUACAAUCAGUAAAGAGAGUGGCCUGCAGACCUAGGAAACUGAAGAUAUUGGGAAGACUAUAUAAAGAUGUUAAAGUCAGACUCUGACUUUAACACACACGCACACACACAAACACACACACUCUUGAAGUCCUACAUUUGGAGUGGUGACAUCAUCAUCUUAUUCACACUUCUUGUCCCCCUCGGCCCUCUGGGGAAAAGACACAAGCCCCACUGAGACAGAGGCACUACUGAGACAGAAAUGAGAACUACACACACACACGCACACAACUGACUCACACUAGACUCACAACUGCACAGGAGCACAGAGAAGAUCAUAAGAUGAUAUAUCAUACUAUUCGGUUCUGUCUGUCGCCUUUCGACUGAAGCACCGACCGAAUUCACACACCGACUUCGCAUUUACGUCGCCUAGCUCUGACUAGAGCCCUGUUUCAGCCAAUAAUUUAAUUUAUUUCUCAUUUCACUUGAGUGAUAGGACUUGAAAUGUGUGAAUUUGGAAUGCAAUUAUAGGGUUUGUUAUUUUGGGUAGUUGCGAGCAUAUGCAUGGGUAUUUGUGUACGUGCUAGUGUCCAGCUCCUGGUUUGAGUGAUUAUUCAUGCUGGUUUGUUUUAAAGAGCCAAUGUAGCGUGAUAUUACUCUGUGCUACGGUCUAAAGAGAAAAGCGGCACGGUCUGGACCGCUUGAGAAUGGCUGAGACACACACACUAUGAAGCCGAAGCUUCGGAAAUGCCUUCAGCAUAUCAUGAUAAUAUCUAAUCUCUUGCAAUGUCGGAAGAUGUAGGAGAGAGUAGAAUAGAAGAUAACGGUGGAGACGUUGAUGUUUCUGGGUCUUAUUGGUGAAAGUUUGAACAAAUACAUCAUUUUCAGAUUAUACAUUUAAAUGGUACCGUAGCUAGUAUAUCCAGUGCAGUGAAUAUCAACCCCCUGGCUGUUGGCAUGACGACACAGCUUUCUGACCACUGACCAGAGGAUCAAGUACUGGCUGGCUGAUUUGGCUCAGUUUCUUCCAAGAGCUCUAGAUUAUGCAGUGUACUGAACACACACACAAACACCAAAUCCACACAUGCAAUGGUUUUCACAUAACCAGGCUGGAUGAUUGUGAUGAAUAUUGUAUGAGGCUGUAGAGUCUUAGGUAGGUUAAACGGUCACAUUUUGUGUGUGUGUGUGUGUGUGUGUGUGUGUGUGUGUGUGUGUGUGCUGGCAGAGUGCCUGCUAGUGCUGAGUCCCUGUCCCAUUGUGCCGGUCUUUCAGGGCCUGGCUAGAGUCCCCUCACAGCAGGCCACAAAUGCACACACCAACACACACCCACAUGCUACUACACACAUACACACACUAAUACACACACACCCACACACAUACACACCCUGAGAAUACCCUUAGAGCACACACUUACUUAGACUGAAACACACUCCCUGAUUCUUUGCCAGAAUACCCUCACAGUAGGGGCCACACACACACACACACACACACACACAAACACACACACACACACAUACACACUGUAUCUGAGGCCCCUGGCCUCUUGAUCCUCACCAUACCAAAUUACCUUCCUGGGAGAAAGAGCAUAAGGUUAGGAGAAAGGAGGAGGAGAGGGAGGGAGUGAGAGGGCAGAGAGAAAAGGGGAGAGUGGGGCUUAGUGAGAUAUGAGAGGGAUUGAGGGGAAAGAAUGAGGGUCAAAGAGGAAGAGGACAGGGCAAUGGGAGAGAUCAAGGUGAGAUAUACAGAGAAUGGAUAGAGAGAGCAAGGUUGAACUGUGGAAUAAAUAGGAGAAGAGAUAAAGAUAAGAGCAGGAGGAGAUAAAAAAAACAGAGGAAGCAGGCCUGAGAAGGGUUUAGCCGUCGGGGGGGAAAGAGGAGAUAGCAGGGGCACAGCAUGGAGGAGAACAAGGAGAGACCGAGGAGGCAAAGUGUGUGUGUGCAGUGGUGGGGAAAAGUACCCAGUUGUCAUACUUGAGUUAAAGUAAAGAUACAGUACCUUAAUAGGAAAUUACUCAAGUAAAAGUGAAAGUCACCCAGUAAAAUACUACUACAGUAAAAAAAGUAUUUGUUUUUAAAUAUACUUAAGUAUCAAAAGUAAAUGUAAUUGCUAAAAUAUACUUACAGUGCUUUCGGAAAGUAUUCAGACUCUGUCCUUUUUUCCACAUGUUGUUACUUUACAGCCUUAUUCUAAAAUUGAUUAAAUACCUUUUUUUCCUCAUUAAUCUACACACAACACCCCAUAAUGACAAAGUCAAUAAAUGUUUGUUUUUUAAACAGAAAUACCUUAUUUACAUAAGUAUUCAGACCCUUUGCUAUGAGACUCAAAAUUGAGCUCAGGUGCAUCCUGUUUCCAUUGAUCAUCCGUGAGAUGUUUCUACAACUUGAUUGGAGUCCACCUGUGGUAAAUUCAAUUGAUUUGACAUGAUUUGGAAAGGAACACACCUGUCUAUAUUAGGUCCCACAGUUGACAGCAUGUCAGAGCAAAAACCAAGCCAUGAGGUUGAAGGAAUUGUCCGUAGAGCUCAGAGACAGGAUUGUGUCGAGGCACAGAUCUUGGGAAGGGUACCAAAACAUUUCUGCAACAUUGAAGGUCCCCAAGAACACAGUGGCCUCCAUCAUUCUUAAAUGGAAGAAGUUUGGAACCACCAAGACUCUUCCUAGAGAUGGCCACCUGGCAAAACUGAGCAAUAGGGGGAGAAGGGCUCAAUUUUGAGUCUCAUAGCAAAGGGUCUGAAUACUUAUGUAAAUAAGGUAUCUGUUUUUUAUUUUUAAUACAUUUGCUAAAAUAUAUAAAAACCUGUUUUCGCUUUGUCAUUAUGGGGUAUGGUGUGUAGAUUGAUGGAAAAAUGUAAUUUAAUCAAUUUUAGAAUAAGGCUGUAACGUAACAAAAUUUGGAAAACGUGAAGGGGUCUGAAUACUUUCCGAAUGCACUGUAAAUAGGCUUUCUAGGGCAGACCAGGGCUUUUGGCGCCGCUAGGUUGCUACGCAGUAGCCGACCAACAAAGCUCAUGACUUCACGCUCCAGACCGGACACUGGGGGCCUGGAGUAGGGUUGCAAAGAAUUUUGGUAACUUUCAAGGAAUAAUUGUAAUUGUAAUUUUACCAGAUGAUAUCUAGUGGCCUUUUUGGGUAUUUCCGAUUAUCACAGGUGUCUGUAAUUAUCGCUGGCCCUCUGUGUGGCCUUAUCAUAUGUAAAAUAUUUUAACAUAAAAAACAGAAUGACAAAGCUGUAAAACAUGAUCAUAAAUAUAAAUCAUAAACUAAGUGAAUACCAUUGGUGUUUAAUAUGAUAUAAUGCCAUAGAUUACCGUAAUUACAAAAGAUUCCGAUAACUUUGGUCAAUUACGGGUAGCUUUCAGCCAUAGGUUGGAGCAAAGAGACGAGCGGUGUGGUUGGUUGUGUGUGUGUGUUCUACCGAUGCUAUGCUCAGCAGGUGGGCAGCUCACCUCGCAGAGUUCCCGCCCCCCCCCCCGCCUCUCCCUUUACUCUCAUGGUCACGACACGGGAAAUAAACCACAAGCUGUCAGCAUUUCAGUUAUCCCUCCAUCCUCCCCUCCAUCUUUCCAUCCCUCCCUCCAUCCACCCUUCUCCCCCACUGUCGUUUCAGUAGCUGACUGACAGCCGCCCCUGUGUGGGUCUGUUGUCAAGGAGAGUGUACUGUCUCACAACCCCUCAGAGGACAUUUUAGCCACACAUAGAUUGAUAGAGAGAUGGAGAGAGAGGGAGCGAGAUAUUUUUUCACCUCCCUAACGAGCUGAGAAGCGUCUCUCAGCUUGACCUCAGGGAGCAGGGGUCAAGAGGCUACCGUCCAGAUGUCAUGUUCACUAGCAAAAACAUUCUGCAAUGGGAAAAACUAAAAUGAGAGUUGCUUGUCUUGGCAGUUACUCCCCUGUCCCUGGUGUAUGCAUGAACCUUCAGGUUUUUAUAAUGUUGUAAAGAGAACAAGGAUCUAAACAUAUACACUACCGGUCAAAGGUUUUAGAAUACCUACUCAUUCAAGGGUUUUUCUUAAUUUUUUACUAUUUUCUACAUUGUAGAAUACUAGUGAAGACAUCAAAACUAUGAAAUAACACAUAUGGAAUCAUGUACAGUGAGGGUAAAAAGUAUUUGAUCCCCUGCUGAUUUUAUAUGUUUGCCCACUGACAAAGAAAUGAUCAGUCUAUAAUUUUUAUGGUAGGUUUAUUUGAACAGUGAGAGACAGAAUAACAACAAAAAAAUCCAGAAAAACGCAUGUAAAAUUUUUUAUGAAUUGAUUUGCAUUUUAAUGAGGGAAAUAAGUAUUUGACCCCUCUGCAAAACAUGACUUAGUACUUGGUGGCAAAACCCUUGUUGGCAAUCACAGAGGUCAGACGUUUCUUGUAAUUGGCCACCAGGUUUGCACACAUCUCAGGGGGGAUUUUGUCCCACUCCUCUUUGCAGAUCUCCUCCAAGUCAUUAUGGUUUCGAGGCUGACAUUUGGCAACUCGAACCUUCAGCUCCCUCCACAGAUGUUCUAUGGGAUUAAGGUCUGGAGACUGGCUAGGCCACUCCAGGACCUUAAUGUGCUUCUUCUUGAGUCACUCCUUUGUUGCCUUGGCCGUGUGUUUUGGGUCAUUGUCAUGCUGGAAUACCCAUCCAUGACCCAUUUUCAAUGCCCUGGCUGAGGGAAGGAGGUUCUCACCCAAGAUUUGACGGUACAUGGCCCGUCCAUCGUCCCUUUGAUACAGUGAAGUUGUCCUGUCCCCUUAGCAGAAAAACACCCCCAAAGCAUAAUGUUUCCACCUCUAUGUUUGACGGUGGGGAUGGUGGUCUUGGGGUCAUAGGCAGCAUUCCUCCUCCUCCAAACACGGCGAGUUGAGUUGAUGCCAAAGAGCUCCAUUUUGGUCUCAUCUGACCACAACACUUUCACCCAGUUCUCCUCUGAAUCAUUCAGAUGUUCAUUGGCAAACUUGAGACGGGCCUGUAUAUGUGCUUUCUUGAGCAGGGGGACCUUGCGGGCGCUGCAGGAUUUAAGUCCUUCACGGCGUAGUGUGUUACCAAUUGUUUUCUUGGUGACUAUGGUCCCAGCUGCCUUGAGAUCAUUGACAAGAUCCUCCCGUGUAGUUCUGGGCUGAUUCCUCACCGUUCUCAUGAUCAUUGCAACUCCACGAGGUGAGAUCUUGCAUGGAGCCCCAGGCAGAGGGAGAUUGACAGUUAUUUUGUGUUUCGUCCAUUUGCGAAUAAUCGCACCAACUGUUGUCACCUUCUCACCAAGCUGCUUGGCGAUGGUCUUGUAGCCCAUUCCAGCCUUGUGUAGGUCUACAAUCUUGUCCCUGACAUCCUUGGAGAGCUCUUUGGUCUUGGCCAUGUUGGAGAGUUUGGAAUCUGAUUGAUUGAUUGCUUCUGUGGACAGGUGUCUUUUAUACAGGUAACAAGCUGAGAUUAAGAGCACUCCCUUUAAGAGUGUGCUCCUAAUCUCAGCUUGUUACCUGUAUAAAAGACACCUGGGAGCCAGAAAUCUUUCUGAUUGAGAGGGGGUCAAAUACUUAUUUACCUAAUUAAAAUGCAAAUCAAUUUAUAACAUUUUUGACAUGCGUUUUUCUGGAUUAUUUUGUUGUUAUGCUGUCUCUCACUGUUCAAAUAAACCUACCAUUAAAAUUAUAGACUGAUCAUUUCUUUGUCAGUGGGCAAACGUACAAAAUCAGCAGGGGCUCAAAUACUUUUUUUCCUCACUGUAGUAACCAAAAAAGUGUUAAACAAAUCAAAAUAUAUUUUAUAUUUGAGAUUCUUCAAAGUAGCCACCCUUUGCCUUGAUGACAGCUUUGCACACUCUUGGCAUUCUCUCAACCAGCUUCAUCUGGAAUGCUUUUCCAACAGUCUUGAAGGAGUUCCCACAUAUGCUGAGCACUUGUUGGCUGCUUUUCCUUCACUCUGCGGUCCGACUCAUCCCAAACCAUCUCAAUUUGGUUGAGGUCAGGGGAUUGUGGAGGCCAGGUCAUCUGAUGCAGCACUCCAUCACUCUCCUUCUUGGUAAAAUAUCCCUUACACAGCUUGGAGGUGUGUUGGGUCAUUGUCCUGUUGAAAAACAAAUGAUAGUCCCACUAAACCCAAACCAGAUGGGAUGGCGUAUCGCUGCAGAAUGCUGUGGUAGCCAUGCUGGUUAAGUGUACCUUGAAUUCUAAAUAAAUCACAGACAGUGUCACCAGCAAUGCACCCCGUCCAUGCUUUACGGUGGGAAAUACACAUGCGGAGAUCAUCCGUUCACCCACACCGCGUCUCACAAAGCCACGGCGGAUGGAACCAAAAAUCUCCAAUUUGGACUCCAGACCAAAGGACACAUUUCCACCGGUCUAAUGUCCAUUGCUCGUGUUUCUUGGCCCAAGCAAGUCUCUUCUUAUUAUUGGUUUCCUUUAGUAGUGGUUUCUUUGCAGCAAUUCAACCAUGAAGGCCUUAUUCACACAGUCUCCUCUGAACAGUUGAUGUUGAGAUGUGUCUGUUACUUGAACUCUGUGAAGCAUUUAUUUGGGCUGCAAUUUCUGAGGCUGCUAACUCUAAUGAACUUAUCCUCUGCAGCAGAGGGAACUCUGGGUCUUCCAUUCCUGUGGUGGUCCUCAUGAGAGCCAGUUUCAUCAUAGCGCUUGAUGGUUUUUGUGACUGCACUUGAAGAAACGUUCAAAGUUGAAAUUUUCCGUAUUGACUGACCUUCAUGUCUUAAAGUAAUGAUGGACUGUCUUUUCUCUUUGCUUAUUUGAGCUGUUCUUGCCAUAAUAUGGACUUGGUCUUUUACCCUACCUUGUCACAACACAACUGAUUGGCUCAAACGCAUGAAGAAGGAAAGAAAUUCCACAAAUUCACUUUUAAGAAGUCACACCUGUUAAUUGAAAUGCAUUCCAGGUGACUACCUCAUGAAGCUGGUUGAGGGAACGCCAAGAGUUUGCAAAGCUGUCAUCAAAGCAAAGGGUGGAUAUUUGAAGAAUCUCAAUUAUAAAAUAUAUUUUGAUUUGUUUAACACUUUUUUGGUUACUACAUGAUUCCAUACGUGUUAUUUCAUAGUUUUCAUGUCUUCACUAGUAUUCUACAAUGUAGAAAUAUAGUAAAAAUAAAGAAAAACCCUUGGAUGAGUAGGUGUUCUGAAACUUUUGAAUGGUAGUGUAUGUUCAACCAAUACAUGAUGUCUGUCCCAUUAUGUGUCAAGAUGGUUGGCAUUUACCUAAGAGCAGAGAAUAUACCAUCAGCAGUACUAUAUAUCAGCUGAAUGUAUGAUCUAAACACAUGUUCACUCCAUAUAUUACAUGUACUGUAGACAUACAUGUUUGGCAUUUAACUCAGGACUAAGAAUCACACAUUCAGCAAUACUGUAAAAGCACUAUAUCAGUUGGAUAUAUGCCUGCAAAUAGUACCUGGUGGUUGUGCUGUUGCCACUCUGAAUACCUCAGAAUUGCACUCAGCAUUAAAUCUAUUUUUACACUGCUCUUAUCUCAUCCUCCUACACAAAAUAUACAUGUUGUCACUAUUUCCCUGUGUUAAUAAUCAGUCAGUGUUCGUUCGCCCAUAUCUUUUUUGUAGUUACAAUGGCAUCACAUAUUCAUAUUAUUCGGUAAAGCUCUGGUAAAUAUGGGCCCAUUUGCAAUUCAACUGCCCUCUUAAUCCUUGAAAGAAGAAGCAGUGCAUUUUCCCAGCCAUCCUAUCCCAGUUUAAGUAGUAUGUCAUAGAUAUACAGUGAGGGAAAAAAGUAUUUGAUACCCUGCUGAUUUUGUAUGUUUGCCCACUGACAAAGACAUGAUCAGUCUAUAUUUUAAUGGUAGGUUUAUUUGAACAGUGAGAGACAGAAUAACAAAAAAAAAAAACGCAUGUCAAAGAUGUUAUAAAUUGAUUUGCAUUUUAAUGAGGGAAAUAAGUAUUUUACCCCCUCUCAAUCAGAAAGAUUUCUGGCUCCCAGAAAUCUCUAGUGGCACAGUUAGCACUGCGAUGCAGUGCCUUAGACCACUGCGCCACUUUCUUAGCUACAGUAUACAUAUCUCCCUGGCAUAUUACAUCAUUUAUGCAGCAGCAUACAAGACAUUUUUGGACUCACCUUGUUGAGCUGUGCUCACUUAAACAGGAAGGUGGCGCGGCAGUCCAUUGUGGGCAAAUUUUGUCAUCAAACUUUGUCAUCAAAGUCUGUCAUUCUCUGGAUUUAUGGUGGGAAUUCGGGAGAAAAAAAAACACAGCCACUCCACUGAAUAGCAGGCUAGUGAUUGCUUUGCAAUGCUUGCAGUUAGCCACUGAUUCCUUCCAAACCAGUCAUUGUUGAAUUUGCGAUUUCCAACUUGUUGUUUAAUGUCCGAUGGCCGAUGAGCACCGAUACGUUUUAUCUAUAAUGUCUCUUCAUUAUUUCUCUUCAUAUGACAAGGAUUAGCCAGUAGAUUGUCAAUUUGAUUCAUGAUGAUGACUGCUAGCUAAGACUUUGAAAGUAAGCUGUUGACAUGAUCAGUCCAAUCAACGUUACUGUACAUAUAAGAGACAAAUGUAAGAUGAUUUGACAUCAUUUUAUCUGUGGACAAUGACCUUGAGUCUUCUUGGAAGAGCACUUACAUUUAAAAUUUUAAAAUUUUAGUCAUUUAGCAGACACUCUUAUCCAGAGCGACUUAGUUAGUGAGUGCAUACAUUUUUCAUACUAGCCCCCCGUGGGAAUCGAACCCACAACCCUGGCGUUGCAAACGCCAUGCUCUACCAACUGAGCUACACGGGGCCUACACUUCUAAUGUAACUCUAUGUCAGGACCCAAACGGCGUACAUUUUCGAUGUCUACGCUUACUAAGGACUUAGACAUGGCGGUGAUUGUUUUGCUAAAAAUGUGGGGCUCAAAACAGGUGGGGCUCUCACCUGCCCUGAAUGAUGGGUCGCCACUGCACAUUGUCUAUCUGCUGUUGAGGGCUAAGAGGCCUGGAGAAACACGUGGUGUUUUUGUACAGCUUAUGACGAGACACCCGCACACACACAAACUACACAUCACUAGCAUCUUCUGCCAACAGUAGUGUGUGUGUGUGUGUGUGUGUGUGUGUGUGUGUGUGUGUGUGUGUGUGUGUGUGUGUGUGUGUGUGUGGAGAUGAGAUGCUGGUAGUGUCCUGAACACAUGGUUGAGCACUGAACAUGAAGAGAAUACUUAUACUCACAGAGAUCUCACUGAUAAAAAUACACACACACACACACACAAACACAAACACACACACAGGUUAAUGGAUGUGCUGCGCUGAAUGCCCACUCCUUGAGAUGAGACCCAGAAUUCAAAUGCUGUGUUUUGUAGUGCUGCUGUUCUUGAAUACCCACACAUUGAUUUAGCAUAUUGAUUUAGUAAGGGAUUGAGGGCAUGCUGUGAGUUUCACUAGCACCUAGAGAGAAGUGAUGUGCUAUCUGUGGGAAUGGAGAAGAGAGGAGGCCAGAGAGGAGAGAGAGCGCAAACUGGAGAAAUAAAAGUGUGGAGAGAGAGAGGUGUUAUCUGUGGGGACGGAGGGAGAGGGAGGGAGGGAGAGGGAGGUAGGGGGGGAGAGGGAGAGAGAGAGAAAGAGGGAGGGAGGGAGGGAGAGAGGGAUGGAUGGAGAUAGGGGUGUUAUCUGUGGAAAUGGAAAGAGGGAGAAAGAGAGGCGAGCCUCACGUGUCCAGCCUUCCAAAAUCCUGUCUCUUAUGCCGAUGUUGGCAACAAUUUAGCUGUCCCAGACACGUUUUUGAGAUCUGAGACAAAAUCCCCAUGUCGUUGCCUACUUGGGGGCGCGCGGCCGUCAUUGACGGUCGUUUAAUGUGAGCGGGUCAAAGACGCAAUCUGAGGGCUACCUUGCUGUCUCGAUAUUUUGAAACAGGUUCGAUUUUAUCGACACAAAAUCUGCAACACUCUUCUAGUGUGAGAUGUGCGACGAAAAGUUUUGGGAACGGUGAUCAGCAAUAGCCAAUGAGAGCUCGCCAGUGAGACGACCUGUUUCCCAGAAUGUGUAGACUCUCGAGCAGGGGCGAUGACUGCUACUGGUAUGAAUUUGUACUUGCCUUAAACCAAAGCGUCAAAUCGGUACAGCUCUGAUGUUCACAAGCAAUGUUAUUCAAUUCAAAAUGUUGGCUAGAUUGUUUAACUAUGUAUGGAAAGCGUGAACGUCUGAGUUAACGUUUAUUAAGGCAGGUAUGAGCCACAGCUCGUAGCUAUUACAUUAAAUCACAUUGUUUUCGCGAGACAGAAUGGUAUCGAGAAUCCUCAAGACCAAGUGAAGAAUCUUGUAGUGUGUCUGUGUCACAUCGUUUAGUGUGCGCACCACUACGUUGGCAACACACAAAAAAACUACAGGAAAGAUGGUCGUUUAAUGUGAGAGUCUCAGCGAUGUUAGGAUUUUGAAAGACGUGUAGUGUCCACCUGGUUUACGUGAGAAGCCUGGGCUUUUGAGGCAGCCAUAACCCAUUUGAGAAACGAUGUGCCUCUGAGCUGUCAUGUGGGACAUUCCCUCCAAUUUUCCUGACACAAAUGGACUAAUUGUUUGUUACAAACAUUGCUUGAACCUAACUAUCCUAUCACUAUAUAAAUUGCACUGUAAAUAAAUAGCAUAUGUUUUUGCACAUGAACUUCCGACUCCAAACCAACUAAAUAGAUUGCUGGGGUCCUCUAUCUUAACAGAAACUCACUCACAAAAUAAAUAUUCUCACCAUAUGGUACUGCAAGCACAUGUUUAACAAGUUUCUCUUUGUCUCCUCUCUCCCUCUCAUUUCCUCUCCCUCUCCCUCUCCCUCUCCCUCUCCCCUCCCCUCCCAUCCCCUCCCCUCCCCUCCCCUCCCCUCCCUCUCCCUCUCCCCCUCCCCCUCCCUCUCCCCCUCCCCCUCCCUCUCUCUCCCUCUCCCUCUCCCUCUCCCUCUCCCUCUCCUCUCCCCUCCCUCCCCUCCCCUCCCCUCCCUCUCCCUCUCCCUCUCCCUCCCACACCUCACGCCUCCCUUCCUCUCUUCUCUCUCCCCCUCACCCCCCUAGGUGUGGCGGAGGUAAUAGUGUUAAUAGGUGGUCGCCAGGCCAUCGGUAUGAACCAGCGGUCUCUGACGGCGGUGACAUGUUUUAACCCUCAGAACAGUAAGUGGUACCCACUGGCCAGCCUGCCCUUCUACGACAGAGAGUUAUUCAGCGUCAUCUCAGCAGGGGACAACAUCUACCUGUCAGGUAGGCUAAUGAUGGGGACUGCCACAAACACACACAUAUGCAUGCAUGGACACACACACACACACACACACACACACACAUUCUUACAUAGUGUUAACAUUAAUAUUCUUCCUAUUAUUUUAGAACUAUAUUCCUCCAGAGUUCUGUCUGUUCUCUCUUCCACACUCCUACACAGAGUUAGACCUUGACAUUGGACUGUGAAACAGCACUACUAGGAUUCGUCCUGCUGCAUGUUCCCCUCUACCUCAUUUCAUAUAAAUGUAAAUGUGUGUUGGGCCGGUGGACCUAGCCUAUGUGUCUGUGGGGAGGCAGGCAGUCAGUGGGGAAAUCAGCAGUGUACAGUAGUACUAACCAUGGCUGAGAACUGUGUGUGUCCCUGCAGAGAAUGGAUGAAAUGUCCACUCAGUUUGCUGCUUUCAAACCAAGCUACACUACAUAGACAAAUAUUGGCAGUAGAAUGGCCCGUACUGAAGAGCUCAGUGACUUUCCACGUGGCACCGUCAUAGGAUGCCACCUUUCCAACAAGUCAGUUCGUCAAAUUUCUGCCCUGCUAGAGCUGCCCCGGUCAACUGUAAGUGCUGUUAUUGGGAAGUGCAAAUAUCUAGGAGCAACAACGGCUCAGGUGCGAAGUGGUAGGCCACGCAAGCUCACAGAACGGGACCACCGAGUGCUGUAGCGUGUAAAAAUCGUCUGUCCUCGCUCGCAACACUCACUACGGAGUUCCAAACUGCCUCUGGAAGCAACGUUUGCACAAGAACUGUUCUUCGGGGGCUCCAUGAAAUGGGUUUCCAUGGCCGAGCAGCCCACACAAGCCUAAGAUCACCAUUCGCAAUGCCAAGCGUCGGCUGGAGUGGUGUAAAGCUCGCCGCCAUUGGACUAUGGAGCAGUGGAAAUGCGUUCUCUGGAGUGAUGAAUCACGCUUCACCAUAUGGCAGUCCGACAGACAAAUCUGGGUUUGGUGGAUGCCAGGAGAACGCUACCUGCCUGAAUGCAUAGUAAUAUAAUAUAAUAAUAUAAUAUGCCAUUUAGCAGACGCUUUUAUCCAAAGCGAUUUACAGUCAUGUGUGCAUACAUUUCUACGUAUGGGUGGUCCCGGGGAUCGAACCCACUACCCUGGCGUUACAAGCGCCAUGCUCUACCAAUUGAGCUACAGAGGACCAAAUGUAAAGUUUGGUGGAGGAGGAAUAAGGGUCUGGGACUGUUUUUCAUGGUUCGGGCUAGGCCCCUUAGUUCCAGUGAAGGGAAAUCUUAAUGCUACAGCAUACAGUGACAUUCUAGACGAUUCUGUGCUUCCAACUUUGUGGCAACAGUUUGGGGAAGGCCCUUUCCUGUUUCAGCAUGACAAUGCCCCCGUGCACAAAGCGAACUCCAUACAGAAAUGGUUUGUCAAGAUCGGUGUGGAAGAACUUGACUGGCCUGCACAGAGCCCUGAACUCAAUCCCAUCAAACACCUUUGGGAUGAAUUGGAACGCCGACUGCGAGCCAGGCCUAAUCGCCUAACAUCAGUGACUGACCUCACUAAUGCUCUUGUGGCUGAAUGGAAGCAAGUCCCCGAAGCAAUGUUCCAACAUCUAGUGGAGGCUGUUUUAGCAGCAAAGGGGGGACCAACUCCAUAUUAAUGCCCAUGAUUUUGGAAUGAGAUGUUCGAUGAGCAGGUGCCCACAUACUUUUGCUUGUAACAAUAAGGGGUUGAAAUAAGGGUGGGUGUGGGGGAUGGUAUGUUGGUGGUACCUUGUUAUAUUUGCCCCCAGCUCACAACGAUUCAGUAAGUUUUUACUGGUUUCUAAUAAGUAAUAUCUUCAAUUCGAUAUUUUUAAAAUUUAUAUUACAUUUUUUGCUAGGGUCUGAUAUGAUGGUGGCUGACUUGUGUAUUAUGUGUGUGUGUUUAAGGUGGGACAGAGUCGGGUGUGACAGUAACUGACGUGUGGUGCUACAUGUCUCUAUUGGACAACUGGAACCUGGUGUCUCGUAUGACGGUGCCUCGCUGCAGACACAACAGUCUGGUGUAUGAUGGGAAACUCUAUACCAUUGGAGGGCUGGGCGUGUCAGGAAACCUGAACCAUGUAGAG